AUGGAAGAUGAAACAAAUACUGAAAACUCGAACUCUAUUCGAAAGAGAAGCUAUAGUCGUAAGGGUUGUAAUGAAUGCAAAAAGAGAAAACUAAAAUGUGAUGAAACUAAACCUUGUUGUUUGAAGUGCAGCAAAUCGCUGAAAGUUUGUUCAUAUAAACAAAUAGCCAAGUUCUGUGAUUCAAGGACUGCGACUCUAGGGAACAUUUUAUUAACUAAACAGAACAAAAUUUUCAAAAAUUCUUGUUCUAAUCUAUCUCCAUCAGUUGAUCUGACUAAGGUAGAUAACAGGAAAGAAAAUAAAGCCCAAGCAAUUCAGUUGAAUAAAGACAACAGGGAUGUUUUAAGACACGAUACUAGUAAAUCCAAAGUUUUUCCAUGCAUUCAUAAAGAUGAUGAAUUUCUGAUAAAACAUAGAAAACCCAAAUAUUCUGCAAUAAACGAACCUAAAAUUUCAAAUGAAAGCCCUUCUGAAGUUAUAAUUCAAGAGAGUACUACCCCUGGCUCAUUAAAUAGGAUUCUUGAUAAGUACAACAGACAUGAUCAAACAUUAUUAAAUGAUGCUUCUUCUUUAACCCAUGGGUUGAAUGAUAUUGCAAUAAUUGAUAUGCUCGAUGAAAUGCCAAACGUUAUGGACGAGAUUAAACAUAAAUCAUCAAUCGGUAUGAACCGUGCCCAAUCAAACUUGAUUAAGGAUACAGAUUCUAAAAUAAAUAAUUUGAUUCUAUUUUAUGAUUUGAAUGCAGAUCAUAAAAACUACUUAAGCUUAUUCUAUAAUAAAUACUCUAUAUGGUUGAUGCCUUUUUCAUCGGGGACAAAGAACAUUUGCAAUGAAACAUUGAUGAACCUAGCUCUAGAGUUUCCAUUUUUACUCAAUGCAAUAUUUUCCAUAACUGCACGAUAUGAAAAUUUUUGUGUUUCCAAUUCUGUUGAUGAGUAUUAUCAAAAAUAUUAUUUUAUAAUGUGUUGCAAAGGGUUUGCAAGUAUGUUUGAAGACAAAACGCAAAUAUCGAAAUAUAUUGAACCAUUAAUUUUAACCACUUUAAUAUUGGUUACUGAUGCAGUUGCGUUUGUCAAUGGCGACUGGAGAUCUCAUCUAAAAGUUGCACAUAACUUAUUCAGCAAAUAUGUGAGCAUUUACAAAAGAACUAGUAAUUCAAUAUUACUUUCGACGAUUUGGUUUGCCGCGCUAGAGAUUUUGGCAGUGGUCUCUAAUCCAUUGGGUGGAGCAAUUAAUUCACAGGCGGAGUUUGAUACGAUGAUGAGUGCAGGUGUCAACUUGAAAGAUAAUAGCUUGAGUAUACAAUUAGGGUUGACUUUACCCAACGGGUAUAAUGUAUUUUUGGGAUACUCUGAAGAAGCAGUCACCAUGUUCACGACAUUUGUCAGAAUAACACUCAGGAUGAAAGAAAACUCCAUUCAUCGUGUUUCCUCGGACGAUUUAACAUCACUUUUUUGUAAAAUAAAAGAUGCGGAUAGAUACUAUUUAGCUUCACAUGAUUGCGUAAUAUCACAAGAUAAUCCAUAUCAUCCAAACAAUAAAGCUGGAAUGCUUUUACCAAUAGCAACUUAUGGAUACAAUAACAAUAUUAUUUUCUCCUGGUUUGAUAUUUCACACAAGCUUCAUGUGCACGCGCUCUACUUGAAGAUACUAACUGAUAAGCAUUUUCUCAAUUUACCAGAAGAUUCUCCUUUGGUACAUGACGUAGUGAAAAAAAUUCUAGGACUAUGUCACUUUUUUCAGGGAAUUGACUUUGAGAGUACAAGCUUUACUAUUGCCGAACAGUUAGAAGAGAAUAAGAAUACUCCAUUGUGGCUGGAUAGAAGAUUAUUGACUGUUCAUUGGCCGUUGCUAACUUGCGGUCUCUGCUGUGUAGAUAAACUUGAAAGAUUGAAAAUUAAAUUGUAUUUCAAGAGUUUAAUUCAAAUGGGUGCCAGGUCAUUGGAAAGAUCACUUAAGAAUGUGGAGAAUAAAUGGAGCGGUGGGUCAGGAAUUUCAGAUUAUGUACCUUUUGUGUAA